AUGUCGAACCUACCACGAUCCAACGCCCCGGCCAACUCGCGCCUCAGCACCGUACCCUCGCAGAAGCCGCGCCAGCUUUCCCACCUACAAGCCCAACUUGCGCAAUUGACAGCGAAUAUGUCGGACCUCGAGAGCUUGGUGCGUAUGACAGCUGGUCAGGCACAGGAUAUACGCGGUCUGGGAGGAUAUACUGGUGCUAUGUUUAUGGCAGCAAGUAAAGUCCUAGGAGAGGAGACUGUCAAGGGCGGAGAAGGGGCUGAUGAUAAGAAGGAGGGAGAUAAGUGA